AUGCCAACGACUUCCUUUGAUCAUUGCGACGUCUUGAUUGUCGGCGGCGGCUUGUCGGGUCUCACGACAGCUCAUAAACUCGCCGAAAAGGAUCCCAAUCUGAAAGUGGUGAUUUUGGAGAAACGUCAUAAGCUCGGCGGAAUUUGCUGCGAAUCGGAACUCGGAGAUCUGGGAGGGAAAUAUGUGAAAUGGGAACAUGAAGAAGUGUGGAAAUUAACGGAAAAAUUAGAAGUCGAGAUGAGGAAAAGAGAUGUGAAUUAUUUGUGGCGCGAAUUUCCGGAAUGGCAAGGAUUGACAGGGAAAUUGGCGAGAUUUGAAGUUUUGAGGUUUGUGAGGUACUUGGAUGCGUUGUGCGAGGAUUAUGGACCGAAGAGGAUCAACAAUCGCCGUCACAAAACAAUGGAACAACUUUUAAGCAACAAAUUAGUUUUCCAUCAAUCUCGUGACUUUAUGCGCUUCAUAGUCAAAUCAAUUUUCGGUCUUACAUCAAAUCUCGUUCGCGUUGACGAAUUUUUAUCAGUUUGCUACACUUGCUUGUCCUGCUCCAGCAUGAUCGAUAGUCUCUAUGAAGCGGAUUUUGUGCCAAAACACGGUUGGAGUGACAUUAUUCGACGUUUAGUUGCCAAUUUGCCCGAAUCUUUUGUCAUUUUCCGAGAAAAGUGUGUCACGGAGAUCAUCGAGCAGGAUUAUAAGCACGUUGUGGUUCACACUCAUCACGGAGAUAAUUUUAAAACGAAUCUCGUUGUCAUUGCAUGUCCUUGGCAAUCGGUUAAGUUGAUCAAAUUUACGCCGCAAUUAUGGCCUCCGAUCAUGAGUCGCGUGAAACAUUUGGAUGCGUAUGUGACAACGUUUACUUUGAGAUAUAAUGGCGCUGUGUGGAGAAAAAAUGGUCACUCCGGCACACUUUUCGACUACAAAAAUUACCUUUAUUGCUACGAAACGGAGCCCUGCGUACUUCGAGGUGCUUGGUAUCACAAUUCCAUUUGCGAAACAUCCCAACAUCCACUCGUCGAUAUCACGGAAAUAAUUGCUCGCAAGUUUGGCGAUGACAUUUUGCUGCCCGUGGAGCACGAUAUCAAAGUGUUUGAGCACCAAAUUUUAAUUAACUUCCCAAAAAUGGAAGCCAAUCGCGGAACUAUCGUAUGGGCAACAACCAACAAUGCCACCAAAUUUCGUGGAUUCAUUAACGGCGCAAUUCAUUCCGGAAUAAAAGCAGCAACAGCAACCUUGGGCAUCAUUCGACCAAACACCGUGGACUUUUACGACGAAACGGACGAUUUCGAGGAACGACAUUCGCGCACGGGACUUUUGCACAAACAACUUCUCAGUCUGAACAUCGCUUCGGGCAUUCGUGCCGUCAAAAUAUUGACCGUGGCAUCUGUCGCAUAUUUCGUGUUUCAGCGCUACUUGAAGGACGUCGCAAGUGAACUUGUGCCGAAAAUAUUUGCGAAAGGAAGUAAUUAA